GGCCAGCAACGGAUGCUUCUUCCCAAGCGUGAUAUUCAACUUACCCGGAGAGAUACAACAUUCAAUGUGCGAAGCAUUGUUUUUGCAAGGAUAGAUGGCUACAAUACAAAGUCGACACCGUAAAAUAUGGCACCUGCUUCCGAAUUGCUAGAAGAUUUUCGAAAGUGGAAUAAAGGCCAUCCUUCAUUGGACGACGACAAAUACUGUGUUCUCACUGCUCAAAGCUCUACUGAGUUCGAGCUCGGUUGGCAGAAUGAAGUCUGUAAUUUAUGUUCUGCCGGAAACUACGUUUGCCAAAUGAAUGCUUGUGACACCGACAAUUACUGCCCACCAGACUAG